AUGGGAGUCACCGGCAACUUGGAAGAUACGAUUGCUGAUGCAAUGCGAAAGAGAAUACAUUUUCUACGUGAAAAAUACGACAGUUCCGAUGGUUCAUCGCUUGCAACGGAAUUGACAUGGUGUCUGAUCUGGAAUAAAGUUGAUCAUGCAAGGCAGAAUGUGUUCGCUGAUUAUGUAUUUGAACAUAUAACAUCUUCACUAGAAAAACAAGAAUUUGUGAGUGCACUAUAUAGUUCAACGAAAUCAUGCCCAAUCAAUUUGCAUAAAUGA